ACUAUAGAGUUAGACAGUCUGAGCGCAACUGUGAGACGGUAAACAGCGUUUAGAGAGCGUCUGUCGUUUUAACGGAUCUAGGAUCGCGUAACCCGGGUAUAACAUUAGACGUGUGAACGAGAUAGAGAUUACACACACAAGUGACAAGGUUAUUUGUUGUAAACUGGAUACUAUUACAUCUGGAAAUUUAGUGAACAAACUUAGCCUCAUAAAAGGUUGAGGCGUUUCGGACCUAGGACAAGAUGAGCCUGUUAAGUGGCAACCAGUAUCUGAGACCGGAGUAUCUGUCGCCACUUCCAACAACGCUCGAUGCGAAGAAGAGCCCGUUGGCGUUGCUGGCGCAGACUUGCAGCAACAUUGGCGCCGACAACCCUAACCAUAAACCCAUUAUCCCAGGCUUGGAGAAGAACCGAGACUCCGAGAAGAAUAAGGACAAGUCUACGAAUAGCGAAGAAAAACCAUCUUUCAAGCCGUACGAGUUGUCAAAAAAAGACUCGGAAUCUAGCGGUGAGGGAGGCAAAAAGUCGCCGUCGUCCAAGUCGGUAUCCCCCGUGAGUCCGUCCCCAGCUGUUAGCACGACCGGGUCUUGUGGCAAAAAUUCCCCGUCUGGGGGUCAUGAAAAGAGGAGCCAUAGUGCGACUAGUUGUGAAACUGGGACAACAUCAGCAACAACGUCAACAUCUACUAGCUUAUCGGCUUCAAGUUCAAUUUCGGGGAACCAUAACACUCUUAGCGGACUCGGCUAUCGGUCUGGAGCCUCCCUUGGCCUCGAUUUGGGCCGUUCGGACUCAUCCAAAGAUGGACUCGGAAGCUUAUCUCACUUGUCCUUUGGAGCCUACAAGCAUGGAUUGAACGGAUCUCUUAAUCCUUUAGCCAACUGUGUCGGUUGUUCUCCUAUGUUAGGCCACAUUCCGGUUGACGCCGCAAGCACAGCGCAUACCUUUCCUGUCACGGCCUCACAGAGCGGGACGGGUGGCCUCAAGCCCGGAUGCUAUACCAUGGGUGGACUCUCGCCGUACGUCGGAUAUGCUCGUGUGAAAACAGCGAGCGGUGGCACUGCCUUUGUGCCCGUGUGUCGUGAUCCUUCUUGUAUGAACUGUCAACUGAGUAUGCAGAGUGCCCAGCUAGGCCAAUGUCCCAGUGGUUGUACUCAAUGCACUCAUGAGCGAAUAACUCCUUUCGGAGGGACUACCAGUUUGGCGGGUCUGAUACCUGGACUGCCGGGAUCUUCAUCUCCCACGGCGGCUGGAAAUCCUUCGGCCUUGGCUGGCCUCAACUCUCAACUCUAUCCGCACGCUAUGUUACCUAGGCCCAAUGUGUGUAGCUGGAUGGUUGGAGACACCUAUUGUGGUAAAAGGUUUACUUCUUCAGAGGAGCUACUACAGCAUCUCAGGACUCACACUAACCUGUCGGCAACAGAUACCGCCUCGUACUUGCCAAUGUUGUCUCCCAGCUUUAGCAUGCCGUCAGCAGCUGGACUGGGUGCUGCGGCCUGUCACCUUCAUUACAGUUCGGCUCCAUCCCUUACUUCCCCUGCCGGUCUUCGUCGGACAUAUCCCACAAGCCUGAGCCCUGUAAGCUCCUUGAGUGCCAGCAGGUUUCAUCCAUAUAAGCCGACCCUACCAACCUUACCAGGAGCUCCUAUGCCGCCCCUACCACAUCCAGGACUAAGUAUGUACUACCCCUACAAUCUUUACGGACAGCGUUUAGGGCCUCCAGUCCACCCCUGAUCAUGAAUGAAAAACAUAGAGUAUAUGAACAUCAAAGCCUUGUGUAUAGAAAUACAUGUAGUAAAUUACAGACAAAGCAAGGAAUUCCAAGUAAUAUAUUGUGCAGUCAGUGACUUUUUUUUCCCCAAGACGAAAAUUUUCCGGUGUGCAAACAAAAAAGAAAAAAAAGAGAAACGUUUGUGACAAAGUGUGAGUAGAAACUGAAAAAAAAGUGAAUUUAUUUCUAGAAAUUGACGACGGUAUAUUACACUAUAUACAUACGAGAUGUAAGUAUCUGUGUAAGAAAAUUAUAACUGUUUACUGCACUGUAUAAAACUCGCAGUGCAAACGUGAGAGUGUAUAUAUAUAUAUAUACAUUCUAAGAUCUUUAUCCUGUAAAUACUUAGCUAUGUUGUAACGGAAUAUACAGCCUUGAGAGUGGUUUUAUUGAAAAUUGUGACUUAAGUAUGUCUUCUAUGUAAUAUUCGGUUCGGCUUUCAUAUUUCUCAGUUAUCUUUAUGUCAGCUUUUCACAGUAUACCUUGUAAAAGCAAUAUAUUCUGUCAUCUCGUUUCUGACAAUCAGGAAUAAUAAAAGUUUUUCCUAGAAAUAGGUAAUUUCUCUAGAGUGUUUUCGCGUGAUCGACUUUUUUGUAGCUUUGUUUCUAAGCUUCUUUUCUGUGUCAUGUAUUACUUCUGUCUUGAAUACGUGGUAAUGACUAUGAACAGUGAGUGGUGUGUGACAUCUCGUUGGCUUUAUUAAAAUGACGAUAAACAUG